UAAAAAUUGUAUAAUAAUUUGGCUCUGACCAAUAUUUGAGCAGCAUCUGGUUUUUAAUUUUUUAAUUUUUAAUUUAUGAAAGGUGGAGCAGCUGUUUCAUAAAUCAUCGUGAUUAAUAAGAUAUAAAUAUUAUUGAAUAAGAUAUAUGCUUAUAAUAAAUUAGCAGAGAGCAAAGGAUAAGGAAUUUGCCCUAAUAUUUUUAUAAGGUAAAAAUAUAUAAAAUUAUAUAUCAGGUAGUAAGAUAUAAUUGAGAAUUUAGUUAUUCUUUAAAGAAUGGGUGUAAAUGAUGAAAUUUUCGUUAUGGGGUUGUUCUUGGUUGAUCGAUUAACAACAAAGAACAAGUUUUAUCUAAAUCGAAGAAAUGUUUACAAGUAACUAGUAACAUUUAUAUUUGGAAAGUCUUCUGAUGACAGCUAUAAUUCUAAGUCUUAAGAUGUACGAUGAUAACAAUCUAGUUUAAAACAUUUAUCCAAUCAUUUUUGAAACCAAUAGAUAAGUUCUCAACAAAAUGGAAAAAAAGUUUUUGAAACUAAUAUAGUACCAACUAUAUGUUAAAACAGAAGACUUUUUCAACUACAGAACACGGUUACUAAAAUUAAAGGAAUGA